CAGAACGGCCGCAUGGCGGUCAGGGGAGGUGGUGCACUGUAUUUUUGGAGGACGCGUAGCUCCGCGCUGGGACUGGUUCUUUUGCAGCCAUUUUCUGUCCAACCAACGGCCGUUUUGAGAAGGUAACCAACCAGGGCUUCAUUGCAGAUGGAAGAAGACCGUUCCACCACCGACGCCUCCCAGCUAACGUUAGGCAUCUCUGGAGAAUAUAUGUCAGGAGGAUAUGUGCUCCAGUCUCAAGAUGAUGAUGGAGAGGAGAGUCUGAACGACCAUGAUGACGGGGGCAUGAAAGAGAACUUCCGGGAGCAGGACAUCUACCUCCCCAUCGCUAACGUGGCACGCAUCAUGAAGAACGGCAUCCCACAGACCGGGAAGGUAACCAUGAUAGCGAAGGAUGCCAAGGAGUGUGUGCAGGAGUGUGUUAGUGAGUUCAUCAGCUUCAUCACGUCGGAGGCCAGUGAGCGCUGCCACCAGGAGAAAAGGAAGACCAUCAACGGAGAGGACAUCCUGUUUGCCAUGUCAACCCUGGGCUUCGACAUGUAUGUGGAGCCCCUCAAACUCUACCUACAGAAGUUCAGAGAGGCGAUGAAGGGGGAGAAGGGAAUACCAGGUGUGUCAGUGGGAGAAGGCCUGGGGGAGGAGCUUACAGACGACAGCUUCACGAAUCAACUGCCAGCCGGAAUUAUAACAGCCGACGGCCAACAGCAGAACGUCAUGGUGUACACCACCUCAUAUCAACAGAUUCCUGGCGUGCAGCAGAUACAGUUCUCAUGAUGAGGCCUUGCUCCUGCUCUGACCGCGGCGGCCAUCGACCGCACAGACACAGGCCUGGUGACUGAAGGCUAACCGUAGGCUGAGCGUAUGACCCCUCCGGCAAAGGGUCAAAGGCAAUCAUCAGAAGGACAUGAGGUCUUGGAGGGGAGCUGUUAUGGGGGGGGGGGGAGGGAUGUGUUAACCACCACAACCCUGUCAUGUAAAUGUACAAGUCUGUUCACUAAAUGUAGUACGUAGUCAUGAGGUGCCACAAGGUUUGGAGUACAUCUUUCAACCAGUUUAGGAUACUUUAUUUUUAAUGCUAAUUGGACCACUUAGUUUGUUUUUGUACAUUGAUUGUUUUAUGCAGCUUUGGGACGUGGAAUGGGAUGUUUUUUUGCUCCCUCAUUUUUGAACCAUGAGGAGAGGUGCCCUUAAUGUCAGCUCUUUUCUACAUGGAUAAACUAAUACCAUGUGCUUUAAUGUGAUGUAAAUCCUUUGAAUAAAAAUCCAAAUGACCCAAUA